AUGAAAAACACUAAGAUCUUUGUAGUGGUCGUACUUUUGGCCGCCAGUUCAGUAGUUGUGCUGGGCUCUGAAAGUGGCAGCUUUCUGGAGCAUCCGUGUGGCACUGUUCCGAUUAGCCAAUUCAAAAUUUUAGGAGGUCACAACGCCCCAGUAGCCAGCGCUCCAUGGAUGGCCAUGGUCAUGGGGGAAGGGGGAUUCCAUUGCGGAGGCACACUAAUCACAAAUCGUUUCGUACUGACGUCUGCACAUUGCAUAGCAAACGGGGAACUAAAAGUCCGCCUGGGCGUACUCGAGCGAGAAGCAGAAGCACAGAAGUUCGCUGUCGAUGCCAUGUUUGUCCACACAGAUUAUUACUUUGACCAGCACGAUUUGGCUCUUUUGAGACUGGCCAAGCGAGUGCACUAUUCAGAUAAUAUAAGUCCGAUUUGUUUGCUCCUGGACCCGCUUGUUAAAAACAUUGAUGAGCACAUUGUCAAGUUUAGAACCUACGGCUGGGGAAAAACCGAAUCGAGAUCAUCUAGUCGGAUGCUCCAGAAAACCUCGCUAUUUAACCUUCAUCGAUCUGAGUGCGCGAAGCAGUAUCCGCAUCAGCAGAUCAAUCGCAAUCAUAUCUGCGCGGAAAGUGCUAAUGCCAACACUUGUAAUGGAGAUUCCGGUGGUCCGCUGACCGCCAUCGUGACCUAUGACCAUGUCCAAAUGGUGUUCCAGUUUGGGGUCACCAGUUUCGGACAUGCGGACUGCUCCAAAGCCACUGUCUUUACAAACGUAAUGACCCACUUGGACUGGAUCGUUAAUACUGUACGCCGCGCAGAAAUUAUGUAA